AUGCCCCAGAGCCACUGCCAGUCACUCAAGAAGUUCUACGAUGUCCCACCACUCUCUGCCAUCGUACAUAGGUCUAAUGCUACACGCUUUGAAGAUGGAUUUUUUUUACCCAGCAGCUGCCUUUGCAGGACCUGGCUCCUGGACAACUUUCAAGAAGCCUGCAGAGAAACCACCAAUUGCAAAGUGCCCAACUGUGAACAGAAGCUAUGCACAGAGACUGGCUGUGUGAAACGUGCCUGCCUCCCCAGAGUUGUCCAAACAACUUGCUCUAACUCCAGGCCCUGUGGAAGGACAACAUGCCAAUCAGGAAGUUCCUCAGCAGUGUUGGCGAGUGUUUCUCCGCCUUGCCAGUCAGGAGGCAGCCAGCAAAUGUGUUCUGUAGUUCAGAGCUGCCAGCCUGUGAGCUACGUGGCAAAGUGUUGUCCACCCAAGACUUACGUUUCUAAGAGCUGCCAAACUUUGGAAUGUGAAUCUAACCAAUGCCAGUCUCAGAGCCCUGAAUCCAGUUCCUCUAGACCUCGGGUCUAUGUUGUGUCAGGGCCAGAACUCCUGGAACCUUCUUCUAACAUUUAUGAAGCAACUUGCUGUGUUACUGGUGGUUUGCAACUGCCUAGUAUGUGA